GGGGAAGGAGGAAAAGGAGGAGCAUUGGUCUACCUUGCUGAAUCAAACUGGCUCUGGGACUGAGCUCGUGAGGAAGUAGGAGUUGGGAGAACUUUUAUUUUUGCCUGUAGAGUGAUCUCCAUGACAUUUAUCAGGGGCCUUAAAGAGAGGAUUCCAGGAACCCUGUCAUGUUCAAGGCAGUGCUGAAGAAGAAUAGAGAUGGAGGCAAAGGGAGCAAGAAGGAUUCAGGUGAUGUUAGCAGCCUUGGUGCUCAGAGGAGAUUCCCACCUGAGGUAAACCCACCGCCUCAGGGGCCUGGCAGUAGUCAUCCUUAUGCACAAGAUGAUUUAUCAAAGCUAGGAUUAUCCAAGGGAGUGUCGAUGUCUCUUCCUUCCUCACCUCUCCUGCCACGACAGUCCUACAUGUUGCCCUUACGUCAAAACAAGAGAUCUCCAGGUCCGAUCAGGAAACCUAAAUAUGUAGAGAGCCCUCGCUUACCUUCUGAUGCCAUCAUGUCAGCGUUCAGACAGGUGGAUAAUAACAAGGAUUCCUCCCGCAAUGAGCUGCAAGCAGAGCAACAGCCAGGCUCCUCCUCUCCUGCCACUCAGGAACUGAUGACAAGGCUGGGCUUUUUACUGGGAGAAGGGAUCCCUGGUACGGCACGCAUACCUAUGGAUGACAAGAAUGAAAAGAAGUGCGCUUUGACCAGCCAGGGAAUUAGUCCCUGCUCCACCCUGACCAGCAGCACGGCGUCUCCCAGCACAGACAGUCCAUGCUCCACUUUAAACAGCACGACAAGUCGUCCCCCACUCAGCCGCUCCAGCCCCUGUGGGACCAUCACCAGCCCCAGCUCCACUCUUGAGAGCAAGGACAGUGGAAUCAUAGCCACCAUCACUAGUUCCUCCGAGAAUGACGACCGCAGUGGCUCCAGCCUCGAGUGGAGUAAAGAUGGCAGCCUGAGGAGCACCGGGUGCCAUGGAUUGGCUCAGAGCAUACGGGCUGACACCUGCUCUCCCGUGGUUGAAGAAGAGUCCAGCAGUGCCACGGCAACACCAGCCGACACGCCGUCGAAGACAGACCAACAGCAGCAGCCCCACACAUCAGCAGGAGCACAGGCGACACAGCGGCCUUUAGGUCACACAUCGGACGGGCUGAAUCAAUAUCCACCACAGACGUCUUCUUCAUUAAUGAUGCCAAGGCCCAACUCUGUCGCUGCAACCAGCUCCACGAAGCUAGAGGACCUGAGCUUCCUCGAUGAACAGCGCAACACACCCCUGCGGACAUCUAUUCGCCUGCCUUGGCACAACACAGGAGGGAGGCCCCCGCAGGAUACUAAAGGACGCUUUGCUCCCUACAAGCCUUCAGACAUCAUGCUGAAGCCUCUGCUGUUCGAGGUACCCAGCAUCACUACCGACUCUGUGUUUGUUGGCCGAGACUGGCUCUUUCAGCAGCUGGAGGAUCUCCUAAAGGCCGGCGAGGACAAUGAAAAGCAUGGAGUGGUGGUGGUGGGUAGCGUCGGGUAUGGGAAGACGGCCAUUAUCUCCCGGCUAGUAGCGCUGAGCUGUCAUGGAGGACGUAUGCGCCAGAUCGCCUCCAACAGUCCCAGUGCCUCCCCUAAAACAUGUAUGGGACAAGAACUUCCCCUCAGCCAGCCCCCACAGCCCACCCCUCCAUCCAGUGCCACCAACACACUGAGCAACAGCUGUCCAGGAACUCCUGAGAUGCAACGGCGCCGCGAGGAGGCUGUCAAACGUCUGGCUACAAAGGUUGUUGCGUAUCAUUAUUGCCAAGCCGAUAACACCUACACUUGCUUGGUACCAGAGUUUGUACACAGUAUUGCAGCCUUACUGUGCAGAGCCCAUCAGCUCACCGCUUAUCGAGAGCUGCUGCUGAGAGAGCCACACCUUCAGAGCAUGCUCAGCCUGCGCUCCUGCGUCCAAGACCCCAUGGCGGCCUUCCGAAGAGGGGUCCUAGAACCACUGGCCAACCUUCGUAAUGAGAAGAAAAUUUCAGGGGAGGACCAUCUCAUUUUGAUCGAUGGACUUAAUGAAGCAGAGUUUCAUAAGCCUGACUAUGGAGACACCAUUGCAUCAUUCAUCACUAAGAUCAUUCCUAAGUUCCCCCCCUGGCUGAAGCUGGUGGUGACUGUCCGGGUCAACUUAAUGGAAAUCACCAGCCUUCUACCCUUCUCUAAAAUCUCACUGGAUGAUUUUACGGACAACAAAGAGAUCACCAAUGACCUCAAUUGCUACAUCCAGUACAGGAUCAAUAGCAGCAAGGAUAUAAUGAACAACAUCAGCCUUAAUGGCAAAGCGGAUCCCGGCACUAUAACCAAGCUCAGCAGCCACCUGAUCUCCCGCAGCCAGGGUUCCUACCUGUAUCUCAAACUCACCCUGGAUCUCUUUGAGAAGGGCCACCUUGUAAUUAAAAGUGCCAGCUACAAAGUAGUGCCUGUGUCACUGGCUGAACUUUACCAGCUGCAGUGCAACAUGAAGUUCAUGACCAACUCGGCCUUCGAGCGCUCUCUGCCUAUCCUGAAUGUCGCUCUUGCGUCUCUGCACCCCAUGACUGAUGAGCAGUUGUUUCAGGCCAUCAACUCUGGCCACAUCCGAGGGGAGCUGCAGUGGGAGGACUUCCAACAGCGCAUGGAGCUGCUCUCCUGCUUUCUCAUCAAACGGCGAGACAAAACGCGCAUGUUCUGCCACCCUUCCUUCAGAGAGUGGCUGGUGUGGAGAGCUGAUGGAGAGAGCACAGAUUUCCUCUGUGACCCCAGGACUGGCCACGCCCUCAUGGCCUUUAUGCUGUCCCGCCAAGAGGGGAAACUGAAUCGUCAGCAGACAAUGGAGCUGGGACAUCACAUCCUGAAAGCACACAUCUUCAAGGGUCUGAGUAAGAAAACAGGCGUGCCAUCCAGCGUGCUUCAAGCCCUGUGGAUCAGCUGCAGUGCUGAUGGUCUUUCAGCAGCCUUGGCUUCCCUGAGGAACCUCUACACACCAAAUGUCAAGGUCAGUCGCCUCCUGAUGCUCGGAGGGGCAAACGUGAACUACCGGACUGAAGUCCUGAACAAUGCGCCAGUGCUUUGUGUCCAGUGCCACCUCGGUCACCAUGAGAUUGCAUCGCUCCUGCUCGAGUUUGGUGCCAGCGUUGAUGUGGUGUCAGAAAAUGGGAUGAGCCCGCUGUGCUUCUCAGCCGCUGGUGGACACCUAGGUCUAGUUGUACUACUUUGUAAGAGGGGGGCCAAGGUGAAUCAUGUAGAUAAGAGCGGCCAGUGUGCUCUGGUCCACGCCGCGUUACGUGGACACAUCGAGAUCAUCCAGUACUUGUUGGAGCUUGAAUGGAGUGUUGAAGGGCAGCAGCAGGACUGCUCUCUGAAGAACAAAGCUCUGCAGCAGGCUUUGAUCGCAGCCUCGAGCAUGGGACACACACAGGUUGUGAGAGCCCUGCUGGCGCUGAAAAAUGAGCAUGCUGUGCAAAUUGAUAGUCAUGACACUCUGUGGGGCGAGACUGCGCUGACAGCUGCUGCAGGCCGGGGGAAGAUGGAGGUGAGCAGCUUCCUGCUGGAGCUGGGGGCGGUGGUGCAGCAGGUGAAUCGACGGGGGGUGUCUCCCUUGUUCUGUGCCGUCAGGCAGGGACACUGGCAGAUUGCAGAGCUGCUGCUGCAACAUGGUGCUGACAUUAACAUCAGUGACAAGCAGGGCAGAACGCUGCUCAUGGUGGCUGCCUGCGAGGGUCACCUGAGUACGGUAGAGUUUCUGCUGUCUAAAGGUGCUUCUUUAACUUCGAUGGACAAAGAGGGACUGAUGCCUCUGAGUUGGGCAUGUUUGAAAGGACAUAAGAAUGUGGUGCAGUUUUUGGUGGAGAAAGGUGCCAUCAUCGACCACACGGACAAAAACGGUCGAACGCCACUGGACCUCGCUGCCUUCUAUGGAGAUGCUGAGAUCGUCCAGUACUUGGUGGAAAGAGGAGCAGUGAUUGAGCAUGUGGACCACAGUGGGAUGAGACCUCUGGACCGGGCCAUUGGGUGCAGGAACACUUCAGUGGUGGUGACUCUGUUAAAGAAAGGGGCCAAGCUCGGGAAUGCUGCCUGGGCCAUGGCUACUUCCAAGCCUGAUAUCCUCAUCAUUCUCCUGCAGAAGUUGAUGGAGGAGGGAAAUCUGCUAUACAAGAAAGGGAAGAUGAAAGAGGCGGCCCAGAGGUACCAGUACGCCCUCAGGAAGUUUCCUCGGGAAGGCUUUGGCGAUGACCUGAAGGCUUUUAAAGACCUAAGGGUCUCUCUGUAUCUCAAUCUCUCUCGGUGUCGCAGAAAAACCAACGAUUUUGGGAUGGCUGAGGAAUUUGCAACAAAAGCUCUGGAGCUGAAACCCAAAUCCUACGAGGCAUACUAUGCCCGAGCCAGAGCUAAAAGAAGCAGCAGGUAA